AUGGGUGAGACGUUCUCCCAGCUGGCCUCUCAGGAGGAUGAGAACAAAUUGAUCCUGCCCCCCGACCCAGCCUUUGGCAGCAAGGCUGCCAGCUACUCCAGCACCGGCAACAGCAAGCCUUUCUGUUCCUGUGUGCCUUGUGAAAGGGCUGCUGGUGCUGGCUUUGUAACUUGUCCCACCUGCCAGGGCAGUGGGGAGAUUCCUCGAGAGCUAGAGAAGCAGCUGGUGGCCCUUAUCCCCUAUGGGGACCAGAGGCUGAAGCCCAGGCACACGAAACUCUCCGUGUUCCUGGCAGUGUCCAUCUGUCUGGUGACCUCGUCCCUCAUCGUCUUUUUCCUGUUUCCCCGGACAAUCGCCGUGCAGCCUGUGGGCCUCAACUCCUCCACGGUGGCCAUUGAUGAGGCCAAUGUCUACCUCAACAUAACGAGUAUCUUGAAUAUCUCCAAUAACAAUUACUGCCCUAUCACUGUGACCCAGCUGACCAUCGAGGUUCUGCACCUGUCCCUCGUGGUGGGACAGGUCUCCCACAGCCUCCUUCUCCACAUCGGCUCUUUAGCCACUGAACAGAUAUUUUAUGCAGUGGCCAACAAGAUAUGGGAUGAAAACACAUACAAAAUCUGUACCUGGCUGGAAAUCAAAGUCCACCAUGUGCUUUUGCAUAUCCAGGGCACCCUGACCUAUUCCUACCUGAGCCGUUCCGAGCAGCUGGUCUUCCAGAGCUAUGAAUAUGUGGACUGUCGGGGAAACACAUCUGUGCCCCACUUGCUGGUCUCUCACCCACCGUGA